UCUGAUAUUAAUGGCACAGCUAAUGCAGUGAGAGGCACUUCUCUUUUUCUCACUCACACAGCUCGCGCUCUCUUGCUAGACAACACCAUGCAACGGAUCAUGGUGUGUGUGUACAGUCUGCUGGCAAUGGUGCUAUUGUACUCGGACUCUGUGGACGUCGAUGCCUCUGGCCUGCUAGAGAAAGCCCCUGUGUCCGACACCUGCCCUCAGGUGAGGAUGAAGCCUGCUGGCCAGUGCAAAGAUGAAGAGGAAUGUCCCUACCAGAUCACCCUCCCUCCCCUUACCAUCCAGCUGCCCAAGCAAUUCCGUAUGCUGGAGAAGACCAUGAAGGAGCUACAGAACCUGAAGGAGACAGUGAGACAGCUGAGGAGCAUCUGCCUGGAAUGCAGAGAGCAGGCAGACAUGGGUCUGCACAAAGACAGCACAGAGACUUCUGAUAAGGGCAGAGGGGACGUGCAUACGAGAGGCCCCGGCAACGACAGCUCAGGCAUUGCCAUCCGGGACAUACAGGUGAAGAUGAGCCGCAUGGCAACCAGCCUGAAAAAUGCGCGAGGGCAGAUCAACACCAUGCAGGGGCGCCUGGAUGAGCUCAGUCACCAGAGCUUGGGGAAAAUGGAAGCCAUGGUGAUCAGUAAGGUAGAGAACAUCACCAGCGUGAUCAGCAGACUCAACAACACCUGCUCAUCACAGUGCCCUGUACUGGCUUCCCCAGCACAUAUCAGAGUGCCUAGUGACUGCUCAGACUACCAAGUCAUGGGUCAAAGAAAAAAUGGAGUCUACCAGAUUACCCCUGACCCCAAGAAUGGGACCUUUCAGGUGUUUUGUGACAUGGAGUCAUAUGGCGGGGGUUGGACCAUGGUGCAGCAACGAAUUAAUGGCAGCUUGAAUUUCAACCGCAGCUGGACCGACUACAAGAAGGGCUUCGGGGACGUACAUGGGGAAUUCUGGCUCGGUAAUGACCGGAUCCACCUGCUCACCAAGACGAGAGACAUGGUUCUACGCAUCGAGCUUGAGGAUUUUGACGGUGUGCGCGAGUACGCAAAGUAUGACAUGUUCUAUGUGGCAAAUGAAUUCCUCAAGUAUCGUCUGUCUGUGAGCGGUUACUCUGGCACAGCUGGGGAUGCCCUGCACUUCAGCAAGAGCUUCAACCAUGAUCAGAAGUUCUUCACCACCCCAGACAAGGACAAUGACAUGUACCCUUCGGGGAACUGUGGCAACUACUACGGAUCAGGCUGGUGGUUUGAUGCCUGCAUGUCAGCCAACCUCAAUGGCAAGUACUACCACAAAAAGUACAAAGGCAAGAGGGAUGGCAUCUUCUGGAGCACAUGGCACAACAUGACCAGCGAGUACUACCCAACCAAUUACAGGCAAGCAUUUAAAACAGUCAAGAUGAUGAUCAGACCAAAAAACUAUGCACCCUAAGCUAAUGUGUGUAUUACUGUAGAAAACAGGAUUUUCAUGCAUUCAAGCACCUUAUGACUGCAAAAAACACAGUAUUAGUAAUAGUUGGAAAACAACUAAAGGGGAAACUUAGGGAAACAACAAGCAAACAAACAAACAAAAAAUAUAACAACCAUGUUUGAACAAACAACAGCUAGUCUUGAUAUGAGUUAAGUAUGUUAUGUCACACCAAGAGACUUGCAUACAGUGCAAAUGGAAACAUACAGCAAAAUCCAGCUCUAAAUGUUAAGAUCAUGACUUCUUAUAUCUGUCUUAUACUGCCAUCUAAUGUUGCAGCAUAAAGCCUUAAGAAACAAGAAUGGGUUGAGUCAAUAAGGAAAUGUACAGUAUUUAUUUUUUAUUUUAAGCACCUUUAUAAGUAAUAUAAAAAGUCAACAAUAUUUUGUUUAAAAAGAUGUUAAAUAGCGGCGGCACCAUCUAAUUUUGGAAUGUGUAUGACAAUAUGUUUGUGAUCAUGAAUGACACAAAUAGCCUAUAAUAGCCUAUUAGUCUGUAUUUCCAUAUUAUCAAAAAUCUGAACUGAAGCACUUUAAUCACAUUUUGGUUUUCUAUGUGUAUUUUUCCUUGGUUUUAUAAGUAUUCAUAAAUAUUCAAUAUUCAAAUGUAGGUUUAUCAUAGCUUUUAUUGAACUUUUGCCCAGUUCAGGUUUUUAUCCUGCAAAACUAUUGGAAGUUUUGUCCUCUUGAAUCUGAUUUAUAAUCAGGUUUUGAAUCUAAUUUUUAGAUUAAAAGAUAUCAGUCAGUAACCAUAAGAGAAACAUUUUGUUUCAUUUAUAUUAUUAGCAUUUUGUUUAUAAACAGCAAAGUUAAAAAAAAACUUAUAUAAUGAUAGAAAGGUUGGACCAGACUGAUGCCAUCAGGGCAACAAGAAUAUCUGGGCUGCAGUGGUCCUGAUGUCAUAACCUGACCAGUAAUGGACUUGAUGAAUGUUGCAUGGCAACAAAUGGAGUAGUUUGGGAUUGAACACCUAUAGAAGACAGGCAAAUCUAGGAUGGGUGUAAGGUGUGUAUUAAUGUGGCUAGUGAGUCUAGGUGCAAGGUAUGUGCUUCUAAUAACAAGGGUACAUUUAAAGUCAUUUAAAAUGGUAAAAGAGGACACUGAAAGAUAAAAAUACACUGGAAACAUUGUAUGAUCUUUGAUUUAUGUUUCCACACAGGUUUUUGAGUGGCUCUUAGUUAUCUCUAACUGAUCUGAAUAUCUGAAGUCUUAUUUAAGUCUUAUAAUCUUGUUUCAUAAAUCAAGCAUAAUACUACUCAAUUUACACAAAAUUAAAAUAAAAAAAAAAAAUUAAUU